GCUGGAUGGGCGCAGGUGCGCGCGCAUCGGGCGCAGGUUCGAAUCUCCGGCGCUGCGCCGCGGCUCCCCCACAACGUCCCGUCCACCCUCGGGACGCCGAGCUCCGCGCUGUCCUCCGCCCUCGGCCGCCGCCCUCGCGACCCCCGUCCCUGGCCCAUGGCCAAGCGGCGUGCGGCUGAGCCGCUCACGUUCCGCGUGCCUUGGAAGCGGCUCCUGCUCAGCGACUUCCCCGAGGAGCCACCGCUCUGGGUCCCGCCGUCUGGGACGGCUCGGCCCCUCAAGCGCCAGGGGGACGCGGGGACCAUGGCGGAGCCUGCGUCUGCGCCCCGCAAGCGACGCGGCGGCGGGGACGACAGACAGGAGCUGCAGGGCUGUAGCCGGGAGCCCGGAGAGCCGCCUCCUGGCGAGCAGGAGGAACCCCGGGCCGCGGGCGGCGGCGACCGAGUAGAGAACGCGGGCAGCCCGCAGGUAGCCGACGGGGUGCACAGCCAGCAGACUGAAGAGUUUUGGCAGUAUAAUACAUUCCAGUAUUGGAGGAACCCUCUGCCACCUCUUGAUCUGGCAGCUCUUGAAGAUGUGAGUGCAAACAGCCUGACAGAAACACUUGAGGACAAGAAUGAAGGAGUUGAGAUUGACAUGGAGUCCUGACAGAAGGAUCUGAAGAAAUGGGAUUCUCUAAAUUUGAGGCGACCUAAAGGAAAAGUUCUUUUCCAUACUUGACAUGAUACCUUUUUCAAACCUGAAAACUGAGGAAGGGUUUUGGGAUAAAUAACUAAUGACUACAGAAUCUCCUAAUGGAGAGUUGUCGAGGGUGUGGUAUAGCUGCAGACAGAAUACUUUGUGUAAGCAUUUUUAGUGAAAAUAGUUUUGUUCAUGCUCUUGACUUUGAAGAUGCUUAUCUUGGAAAGAAGGUUUUGACAGUUUCAGAAGAAGCACUCAGGCCUUCCGCACUUGUUCUGUCAAAUGAUCCUUUGCACCACAAAGCUUUUAUGUGGUACAUGGAAUGAAUACAGCUGAUGCUAAUACAUAUUUUCUAGUGCAUCUUAUUGGAUCCCCUUGGUUGAACAAAUAGGAGACUUGAGUAUCUAUGCAAAAUUAAAAUGUGAGAUUGUUUCUGAAAGCUAACUUUGUUUUAAAAGAGUGUAAAUCUAAACUAGUGAGAACUCCCACUUGGGUAGCUUGUUCUAACUUUCACUAUUUGUUGUUUAUUAAAACAGUACAGGCAACGAAUAGAGCCAAACAGUGGAUAGAGAACAGUGGAUAGGAAGCAGAUAGAUGCCUGCCCCUCCUCCCUUUUUCUGAGGUGAAAGAAAUGAUCUGGUCAGCUUACUGAUUGUUUUGAGGACUUUUUUUAUAGUGU